UUUACAAGUCUACCUGCUCGAGAAGAAAUGCUGGCCAGAUACUCCAACCUUUCCAUGGAAAGUCACAACCUAUCCCUGACUGCCAUCCUAUCAGGUGUGAUGUCUCCACUGUGGUUUUGACUUGCAUGUCCCUGAUGACCAGUGAUGUUGAGGACCCCGUCAUAUAUUUAUUGGCCAUUUGUAAUUCUUUUUUGAGGAAUGUCUAUUCAGAAUAUUCCAAUGUUGCAGUAGAAAAAAAUAUCACUUUGCAAAGACCUUCUAAUGUAGAACUCACGUGCCAGUACACAACAUCUGGGGAUCUGAAUUCAGUAAACGUGACUUGGAGAAAAGAUGAUGAACUUAUUGAGAAUAAUUAUCUCAUCAAUGCAACAGGAAGCAUUCUGUAUACCCAAUACAUGUUUACCAUCAUUGAUAGCAAACAAAUGGGAAGUUAUUCUUGUUUCUUCCAAGAGGAAAAGGAACAAAGGGGUACAUUUAAUUUCAAAGUCCCCGAACUUCAUGGAAAAAACAAACCAGUGAUCACUUAUGUGGGGGAUUCAACUGUAUUUAUAUGUAAAUGCCAAGAGUGUGUUCCUUUAAAUUGGACCUGGUACAGUAUGAAUGGGAGUGUACAGGUUCCUCUUGAUGUUCAAAUGAGCGAUAAGUAUGUGAUCAGUGGAACAAAUGCUAAUGAAACAAGACUCAAGAUAACGCACCUUUCGGAGGAAGAUCAGGGAGCUUACUGGUGCCAUGCAAUAUUCCAAUUAGGCGAGAGUGAAGACCGCGUUGAACUUGUCGUGCUGACUUAUUUGGUGCCCCUCAAACCAUUUCUUGCAAUAGCUGCUGAGGUUGCUCUUUUAGUGGCUAUCAUUCUGCUUUGUGAAGUGUACACCAAAAAGAAAAAGAACCGCCCAGAUGAUGGGAAAGAAUUUGAACAAAUUGAACAGCUGAAAUCAGAUGAUAGCAAUGGUAUAGAAAAUAAUGUCCCCAGGUACAGAAAAAAUGAAUCUGUGGGCCAAUGAAUGAGAAGCCUCAUGCCAAGACUCAUGGGAAGAUGUACAAAGAGUUUGUAUUUCUGCCUUGUUUAUGCUUCCUGUUAAGAAAAUCGGAAUUUUUAUUUUUAAAAGAAUAAAAAGUUUAAGCAACAU